UGUACAAUGCCGGCGAAGAAAGAAUUCAAGAGAUUACCGACAGACGUUAAACCAGAGAACUACAACCUACGUCUUCAACCAGAUCUACAAAAAUUCACCUUCAAAGGACAUGAAACCAUUGAUGUCAAGGUCAUUUCCAGCACAAACAGCAUUACUCUAAACAGUGAAGAGAUCGAGAUCCAGACAGCUUCAUAUAAAGCAGCAGAUGCAGGAGACCAGAGUGUGAAAGCAGAGGUGAAAUUUGAACCAGAGAAUGGAGUGGUUGUGUUAUCGUUCCCCAGUCCUCUCCAGCCAGGAAGUGGUCAACUGUCCAUUGAUUUCACUGGUCAGCUAAAUGACAAGAUGAAGGGGUUCUACAGAAGCAAGUACACCUCACCCUCCGGGGAGGAGAUGUACGCAGCGGUCACACAGUUUGAGGCAACAGAUGCUCGUCGGGCGUUCCCGUGCUGGGAUGAACCAGCCGUCAAGGCCACAUUUGAUGUCACCCUGGUAGCUCCUAAAAAUAGAGUGGCUCUCUCUAAUAUGCCAGUAAAAUCAGAGAGUGAUUUACCUGAAGACACCACGUGGAAGGUAGUCUCCUACGAACGGACCCCCAUCAUGUCUACAUACCUUCUGGCGUUCGUCGUUGGGGAGUACGAUUACGUGGAGGAUAAGGACGCUGACGGGGUGCUGGUCCGAGUCUACACCCCCGUGGGGAAGAAGGAACAGGGACAGUUUGCCCUGGAGGUGGCUGUGAAGACUCUUCCGUUUUACAAGAACUACUUUCAGAUUGCGUAUCCCCUACCAAAAAUAGAUCUCAUUGCUAUCGCUGAUUUCGCUGCAGGUGCCAUGGAGAACUGGGGACUGGUGACGUACAGGGAGACAGCUCUGUUGAUUGAUCCUAAGAACUCCUCCUCCAAAACCAAGCAGUGGGUGGCUCUAGUGGUGGGGCAUGAGCUGGCUCAUCAGUGGUUCGGAAAUCUAGUCACUAUGGAAUGGUGGACACACUUAUGGCUUAACGAGGGAUUUGCGUCCUGGAUUGAGUACCUGUGUGUGGACUACUGCUUCCCUGAGUUUGAUAUCUGGACACAGUUUGUCAACCAGGACUUAGGCAGGGCCCUGGAGAUGGACGCUCUACAUAACAGCCAUGCCAUAGAGAUUCCAGUUGGACAUCCAGACGAGGUAGAUGAGAUUUUUGAUGCCAUCUCCUACAGUAAGGGGGCGUCUGUGAUCAGAAUGUUACACAACUACAUCGGAGAUGAAAGCUUUAGGAAAGGAAUGAACCAAUACCUGACCAAAUUUAAGUAUAAUAAUGCCAUAACAGAGGAUCUGUGGGAAUCCCUAGGAAAAGCCAGCGGGAAACCCGUGCUGGACGUCAUGACAACUUGGACCAAACAAAUGGGUUACCCAGUAGUCAAGGUUAGUGAGAAGCAAGAUGGCAACAGCCGAGUUCUGACCUUGACACAGGAAAAGUUCUGUGCUGAUGGAGUACAACCUAAAGACGGCUCUUUCUCCUGGAUGGUGCCGAUUUCGAUCAGUACGUCAAGUCAACCCGACAAACCAGCAGUCGUCACACUUCUAGACAAACCCACAAUAGAAGUCACCGUUCCCAACGUCAAACCUGAGGAUUGGGUCAAGGUCUUAUUGUUGAUAUUUUAA